AUGCCAGCUCCCCCUAAACCAUGGGAGCAGAAAAGUGCUACAGAAGUAGCAAGUCCACUAUCAGCUUCCUCGAAUAGUGCGCCUGAAGCUGCACCUGCUUUGCCAGAACAGCCUGCGUCCCUGCGAUCUGGCAUGGACGCCACAACAACAGGUGGUAUGAAUGCUAAUCGCGGCUAUAUGAGCGGCUAUGGUGGCUAUGGAAGUAUGGGCGGCUAUGGUGCAUACGGUGGCCUGGGUGGCUACGGUGGCUAUGGUAGUGCCUAUGGCUCGCCAUAUUCUCGAUACGGUGGCUAUGGCGGCAUGGGCUACGGAGGCAUGGGCUAUGGCGGCAUGGGCUACGGAGGUAUGGGGUACGGCGGCAUGGGCUAUGGAGGUAUGGGAUAUGGUGGCAUGGGUUUUGGCCAGCCAGGUGAAAACUCGUUAACCCAGCGCAUGGAGAGUGGCACUCAGGCCACAUUUGAGCUGAUUUCAUCGAUCGUGGCCACUUUCGGUGGAUUCGCUCAGAUGCUUGAGUCUACAUUCAUGGCGACACACUCGAGCUUUUUCGCUAUGGUCGGUGUGGCAGAUCAAUUUGCGCAUCUCCGCAACUACCUCGGUGAAGUGCUCAGUAUUUUUGCCUUGGCCCGGCAAAUCAAAAAUCUCUACCUUCGCAUGAUAGGACGACGCCCUGUGCAUGGCAUCGAUGCAAAGAAUUUUGGUGAAUUCAAGCGCGUUGGUGGUGCCAAGCCACAGCCCAGCAAGCGUCCGCUUGCGCUUUUCUUCCUUGCCGUCAUCGGCCUGCCAUACUUGAUGGGCAAAGUCGUCAAGUUGAUUACCGCUAAGCAGGAAGAGGAGCGUGCACGUCUCUCCAAGCAAGCUGCUGAAGCUGGUACGAGUUUACAAAUGUUGCAGGAUGCACAAGGUGCUGCUGCGCUCGAUCCAAGCAAGCUAACCUUUGUGCGCGCCCGCUUUGCCUACACCGCAACUGACAAUCUCGAGCUCAGUCUGAGGCAAAAUGAGAUUAUCGCAGUACUGAGUAAGACAGAUCCUCAGACUGGCGAAGAGAGUCAAUGGUGGCGCGGGCGAACGCGUGACGGACGUAUCGGAUGGUUCCCCAGCACCUAUGUCGAGACGUUAGAACAGGCACGAGACCGCGCCACGAAAUCGGCACCUAAGCCUGCCAUUGAGGCAAGCACAACCUCGCCACAGGCGCAACAUACCAAGAUCGUGGCAUCCAAAACAUCCACCCAGUAA